AUGACAACUGUUUGUAAUGCUGUUGCUAAUUGUAUUGCUAUGGUUGCUUCUCCUUUUGUAGGAGGUCUUAGUGAUUAUUAUUCAUUUCGUAAAGGUGCUGUAGUAAUUUGUGCAAUUACAUAUUAUACAUGUUUUUUGAUUGCUGGUAUCUUUUAUUAUCAUUUUUGGUUACUUUGUAUAUUGUUUUGUAUUGCAAGAACAUCUUUUGAGUUAGUACGUUUGUUCUAUGAUUGUCAAAUUCCAUAUAUUAUGGAUCAAAAAAAUAGAACAUUAGCACAAAGUGUUGGAGGUGCAGUUUCUUUCACUGGUGCAAUUCUUGCUAUUGGUGUUUCAUUUUGUUGUUCUCUUGUUUGGGGAAAUUACUCAAAUGUUAAUCAAUUACAAAUUACACAUGCAGAACCUGACUUUGGACCAUUAAGACAAUUGAUUCUAUUUAACUUUUUCCUUGGUGGAUAUGUCUUCUUACCAUAUGUUUUCAGUAUAGAAAAAAGUACUCCACCAGCUAAGCGUUCUGUUAUAGAAACAUUAAAAGUUAUUGGAUUAGAUUUGAUUGAUUCAUUUAAAAAUUAUUUUAAAAGUAGGGAUUGUAUAUUUAUGUUUAUUUCAUGGUGUUGUACAUUGUCUGCAUUAAGUGUUGUAAAUGGGUUAUUUGUUGUUUUAUUAACAACAAUGUGUGGAAUGAAGAAAACUGCAACAGACAUUGUAUUUUUAGCUUUAAAUGUAACUGCAUUACUUUGUGGUGUUCCAUGGGCAUUUUUCUUACAUAAAUUUGGACCAAAAAGAGCAUUACAAUUAAUGUUAAUCUUAUUAUUCUUUGGAAUGGGAUGUCUUGUUCUUACUGGAAUGAAACAUUUAGUGUCGUUUAUACUGCCUCUCGUCAAUUAG